AUGAAUAUACCGCCAUGCCGUUUGGUUAUCUUAGCAGCCAUCGCUUCGUUUUGUGCCAAUUGGUCUUUUGCGUUCCAGAUCACUUAUGUGAACACAUCUGUUGAUACUUUCUAUAAACUAGCGAGGAAGGCCUACAAGCUCUCAAGAUUCUGUCCAACAUGUCAACUCCCAGAAUCAGACUGGCUUGCGCAAUGGAGUGUAACCGUUAGCAUGUUCUACCCAGGAACAAUUCUCGGAUUCUUGAUGGUACCAUUUUUAACAAAAUGGUUGGGUGUGAAACGUGCUCAAGGAAUCAUGUGCAUCGCUGCUACCAUUGGUGUUGGUGUACAUUUUCUCGCUGUAUCAUUCCUGUCACUGGGAGAAGUCACAUUCACAACAAUCUUGUCAAUUGGAAGACUCAUGAUUGGGCUUCAAGCGGGCAGCUCUUUGUGUCUUCUGCCCUUGUACAUCAUUGAAAUUAGUCCACCACAACACAGAUCAUUUUUGAAUAAUUUUCAACAAGUCUCACAGUCGUUUGCCACUCUACUUGGAUUGUUAUUGGGAUCAGAAGAAAUACUUCCCCUUGGAAAUGCAAGAUUCACUAUUAUGCAGAUAGCAGCAGUGGUACCUGUGCUAUUUCUUCUUUUCUUGCUAGUAAUAACACCUCCAACACCGAAUUAUUUAAGCUUGUUUCAUCCAGAAUGCAUUCAUGAAGCAAUAAACUCCAGACUGUUCUAUCAUGGGACCGAUAGAUCAGACUCAUAUCGACCAUUAAUUUCAAAUUACGAAAUGAUGGAGAAUAAGACAUACUCCAAAUACGCAUAUUACGGGAAAUCUUGGAGAGAUUCAUUCAAAGGUUUUAUUAUCGGAGCCAUUGUAGCAGCUUCCUACGCGUUCACUGGUGAUGAUUUGAUAGAUACGUUUUCUUCAAACAUGUUAAUUGGAGAUACGCAAAACUCGAAAAAAGUCCAUCAGUCCACGGAUGCAUUCACUGUUCUCAUUUCUGACGCGCUUGGAGUUGUGCUGUUUUUUGCAUCUCUUCUUGGAAUUGUUUUGGCGGAUCGUUAUGGUAGAAGAAAAUUAGUUCUGGUUGGAUUAUUUGGAACUUGUGUUGCAAAUAUUGGUGCAGUGGUUUUCACAGCUAACAAAGUGAUAGUUGCCCUCUGCUUUGCCGCUACAAAAGCAUUCAUUGGAAUUGGGUGUGGUGGACCAGCAUGGUUUUUGACAUCAGAGCUUGUAGAUCCAGAAUAUGCUUGGAUAUUCCAGCCGUUAUCAACAGGAAUCCUUUUGUCAACAACCAUGAUUGAAACAUUUUUCUAUUUGAGCAUAGAUGCCUUAAUUGGAGGUUACAGUCUUCUCAUACUGGCGGCUGGUCCCGCUCUGAUUGCUGCCAUUCUUCUCUACCUGUACUUGCCAGAAACAAAAGGAAGAUCAAGUGAAGAGUGGUCGCAACCUCCUGGGGCUCCGGUCUCUCCAUCGGCUCCAUUGUCUCCGUUGGCUCCUGGCUGUCCUGGGGCUCCAGCAGAUCCGUUGUCUCCGGCUGGUCCUUGUGGUCCUUGGGAUCCUGGGUUUCCUGGGGCUCCUGGGGAUCCGGCUGGUCCAGCUGGUCCGUCUGGUCCUGGGGCUCCUGGGGCUCCGGCUGGGCCUGGAACCUCGACAACCUUUCCUGGGGCUCCUGGAGCUCCGGCGUUUCCUGGGUGUCCGUCUUGUCCAGCUUGUCCUGGGGCUCCUGGUCCUCCAGCGUUUCCGUUGUUUCCUGGGGCUCCUGGUUGUCCAUCGGAUCCUGGGUUUCCGUUUGGUCCCUUUGGUCCGGCUGGUCCUGCUGGUCCGGCUGGUCCGGCUGGGCAAUCGAAGCAAAACUCGUGGUGUGGGGCUGGGGUGGCAGCUGGUCCGUCAGGUCCGUCGUUUCCUGGUGCUCCUGGAGCUCCAUCAAAUCCAUCUUCUCCGUCUGGCCCAGGUUGUCCUGGUGGUCCAGCAGCCGAAACUCCGCAUCCACAGCAUCCUCCUUGGCUGAAGGAAUUUCCUUCAACUCCGGCGCUCUCGUAA